AAACGCAGAUGGGAGUUUUACUUACACAAAAGGGUUCUGAGGGCAGAAAGAAAACUGAUUGGUUCAGAGAAACAACCAAUCAAUUUAAAGAAGAGGCGGGGGAAAAGGCAGGAUCUGCUAAAUGAAAAAAAAGACCGGGCAGUUGGAUCCAGCCAUCUUUGAGGAGUGAAAAAUCACAGUUUUUGAAGGGAAUUAUUGAGAAAAUGAAUGUGUUACAAGAUUUGAGGUCAGGAGGACUUUAUAUACAGGAUGCAAGACUUGGAAGUGUUGGGCCUUAUCCACUUUACAUGGAAAGUUUUGAAACCCUUGUGGAGUGCAACAAAGUAUCUGACGAGAUCAUGGAUGCCUUGUUCCAUCUGUUCAGCAUGAAGCGACCAGGUAUACUAGCAAUCAAUGCUCAUACUCUGUCUCAUAUUCUUGAUGGGGGAGCAAGGGCAAGGAGCCAUUAUUUUAUCAAGAGGAACAUCUUUAAAAACACAAGGGAGGUUAUUGGUCCUUACUUGGAACACGGGAAUCACUGGACUUUUUUUCACUGCAGUUUUGUAGAUCGUACUAUAACAUAUCUCAAUUCGCUUGGGGAACAGGAUCAGCAAUAUGAUAAAAUUAAAAACAACUGGAGCACAUUUGCUGCAGCAAAAGGCUACCACGGACCAUGGAAAAGGACAACAAGGAACCAUUCUCUUCAGAGUGAUUCUAUUUCCUGUGGAGUUUUCACAGCUGUGUUUGCUGAGACAUUUCUGGAAGGGGAAGAGGGGUAUCUUACAUGCCCACCAGUACAUGAAGAAAGACAACGAUUGGGUCUGCUUCUUUUCAAGUCACUUGGCAAGUAUAAUAUAUAUUCACAUAUUAACAGUGUAUGCCCCAGUUGAUUCACUCCAAAGGCAAACUGUGCAAUGCUCAGAAAAACAUAAAAAAAAAAAACAAGAGCUACGUGUCUGACUAUACAGGUCUCAGGAAGCAUGUUAAAUUUGUUUCUAAAAAGAACAUGACAGCAAAGCCUAAUAAACAAACCACAAGGCUUUUAAAACAGUGUCCAGCCAUUACACCAAAUUAGAGAUGUGGACCUGGGCAACUUAUAGUCAACCAUGAACUGUGUAUACCAAAGUAUUCUACAGUCAAAUGUGAGGCCAUCUAUCAAACAGCUAAAGUCAAGAGUUGGUAUUCCAGGAAAAAACUAAACUACAACAGAAUUGCUGAAAAAGAAAAAAAUGAAGGUGCCAAUAUGUAAUUUGUAAUUGGUUUCUUAUGUGAGUACAUAUGUUUAGGUUCCUUGCUGUUUUAAUCCUAGUAAAUAAAUUUAUUUUGUGUUUUAGAUAGGUCAGGUGUUUGUGGCAUUUGUCAUAAAACAGUGUCUAAGA